UAGGCGAUUACCUGAGAACGUGGUCCAAAUUUUGAUUGCAUAAAUGCUGCAGCAUGUAAAACUCAAUAUAAACAUUACUUGAAACUAGAUAAUAUUAAGUGAAACAUUCGUUCGGCAUAAGUAUAUAAAGUUACAGUCAAUUCUAAUCUUUUUUGACGGAGAUGUCCACAUUACUUCCAAAACCGCCGAGUGCGGAAGAUGAACCAAAAACGGAUCAGCCAAAAUCAACCGGAUUGUUUUUCCCCAACUCAGAUUUGGACGAAAUAGCCAGACACUUUAUCGGAAAUAAUAACAGAUAUCGUGAGAAUAUUAUAAUACCAAAGAUGUACGGGGCUGUCCAAAUUAAAACCAACGAGGAAAAGCUGGUGGAAGCUGCUUUCGAGAGUUGUGCUUUCAAAUCCUUGAUGAGCUGUGUUCUAGGAUACGGGCUUGGUGCUGCUAUAGGGCUGUUCAGUUCUUCUGUCAACCCAAGCAUAGCGGACCCAAUGUCGACUGAAAAGCAACAAACAGCGCGGGAGAUCUUUCGGGAGAUGAGACAGGCAACACAUUCGUACGGUAAAAACUUUGCUGUGAUCGGAGCCGUGUUUGCUGCUGUCGAGUGCGUUAUCGAAUCGAAACGGGGAGUAUCCGAUUGGAAGAAUGGUACCUACGCAGGUGCCGUUACUGGCGGGCUGAUUGGCUUAAGAGCUGGCGUUAAAGCUGGAAUCGUUGGAGCGGCUGGCUUCGCUGCAUUUUCUACAGUAAUCGAUUAUUAUAUGCGGCACCGAUAAUGAUGUGUAAAUUUGCAUAUUCUGGUUAGAUAAUAUAGGGAAAAUAGUAAUUAAAAUUGUCUA